GGGUAUUUAACCCAGCACGGGAUGCCCAAGCCUGCAGGAUCCUCACUGCUGUGCCGGGCAUCCCCAGCAGCUCCCGGACGGACAGACAGACAGACCCACCCAAGGGAGUUACUGAAGGUUCCUGCAGAGCAGCAGGAGUUUCUGCUCCAAUGGAUAAAUCACUUCACUUCACAAUCUGUGUGCUUACAGCCCUGCUGCUCCUGAGGGAAUCCAGCCAGGCAGGAGCUGGGAGGAAUGAUGAUGCUGUGGGUAAGGGCACAGAUCCCCGGGGAGCAGGAGAGGGACUUCCAACCCUGACUGUCACAACCAUCCUGGAGGAUCCCUACGUGAUGGUGAGGGGAGCAGAGCUGGAGGGGUACUGCAUGGAGCUGCUGGCAGCCCUGGCGGGGAUGCUGCGCUUCCAGUACCGCGUCAGGGUGGUGGGCGACGGCCAGUACGGCGCCGUGGCGGCCGGCGGCAACUGGAGCGGCAUGAUCGGGGAGAUCCUCAGAAGGGAGGCUGACAUUGCAGUGGCUCCACUGACUGUCACUUCAGCCAGGGAGGAGGUGGUGUCCUUCACCACGCCCUUCCUGCAGACUGGGAUUGGGAUCCUGCUCCGCAAGGACACGACCUCCCAGGACAUGUCCUUCUUCCACUUCCUGUCUCCUUUCAGCAAGGAGACCUGGACAGCUCUUUUAUUUGCUUACCUGCUCACGUGCUUCUGCCUCUUCCUUGUCGCCAGACUGAGCCCCAGUGAAUGGAACGAGCCAAAGAGUGAAGAGAACCACUUCACCUUCCUGAACAGCCUCUGGUUUGGAGCAGGAGCACUGGCCCUGCAAGGUGCCACCCCCCGGCCCCAGGCACUCUCGGUGAGGGUCAUUGCUGUGGUCUGGUGGCUCUUCACCCUGGCCCUGCUGGCCGCCUACAUCGCCAACUUCACGGCCCUGCUGAGCUCCGGCAGCGAGCAGCUCCCCAUCCAGACCUUCGAGGACCUGGUCAAGCAAAGGAACCUGGAGUUUGGGACACUGGAGGGCUCCUCGACUUUCUACUACUUCAAGAACUCCAAGAACCCCAUCCACCAGAUGAUCUAUGAGUACAUGGAGAAGAGGAGGGAGCACGUGCUGGUCAAGACCUACCAGGAGGCCGUGCAGCGCGUGAUGGACUCCAACUACGCCUUCAUCGGCGAGUCCAUCUCGCAGGACCUGGCGGCCGCCCGCCACUGCAACCUCAUCAGGGCCCCCGAGGUCAUUGGGGCCCGUGGCUUCGGCAUUGCCACCACCCAGGCAUCCCCCUGGACCAAGCCUCUCUCCAUCGCCGUGCUCAAGCUGCGCGAGUCGGGCGACCUGGACUACCUGAGGAACAAGUGGUGGGAGAGCAGCUGCCUGCGCCAGAGCCGGGAGCGCUGGGGGCCGCUGGAGCCGCCGGCCCUGGGGGGGCUCUUCCUCACCCUGGGCAUCGGCCUCGCCCUCGGCGUCCUCGCCGCCCUGGCCGAGCUCUCCAGCAGCAGCCGCCGCGCCGCCGCGCACGCCAAGAAAUCUUGCUGCUCUGUUUUCACAGAAGAAAUCUGCACUCGUCUACGCAUAAAAGGAGCCGCCAGACAAAGCCAGGAGACGUCAGGGAAGGCAAAUGCUUGAGGAGCUUUUGCUGUGCUAGGGUUGUACCAUGUCCUAGGAGCUGUAUCAGCGUAGGAAGAUGUUUUUCUGCUAGUCUAGAGUGUUAGUUUGCUAAUUACACACACACACAGCACUUCUGGAGUGGUGGUGGAGCUGCAGACAAAAGGAAAUUAAGUGGCUUGGAAGAAUUUAAACUGAUAAGGGCUAGAGUGGAACUGUGACAAAUGGACAACCUGGAGCAGAGCUGGCCAGGAUGGUGGAUCCAUGGUUAGGUUUGAAGUUCACCCUGUAAGUCCAUCAAGGCCUGUAGGAGGAAGUGACUGGGGACAGGUUAAUGUGAAGCCUCUGCUACUAAUUCCUGUGUGAGGAGCAGUCGUGGAACAUUAAAGCUCUUGUCUGUCUCUUGUAAUCAGGAACAGCAGCUUAAGCAUUGCAGCUAUAAAUAGCCUCACCCUGAGCAGGAGGGGCUGGUCCCUGGGAAGGUAAUUCCUGGAUCAGAAGUGACACUGCUGCUGUGUAACCCCAAACAGGCUGCACCUCAAACCCCAGAAAGGGAGCCCCUGCCACCAAGGAAGCACCUGAGCUAAGAAAUGCCAGGCAGGGCUUGUCCUUUGUCCCUUCCCAUCACAGGAUAAGGGCCACUGGUGGGUGACAGAGAAUGUUUUGUUCUUGUUGCCCAAGAAUUGAGGAUUGAAGUGGAAAUCCAUCAGUACCAGAGCAGGGAAGGAGUGUAGGGAUGAGUCAAACACAGCACAGCCCCAGCUCCCCUGCAAGGGGAGAUGAGAGGGUGUUUUGCAUCACUCUCCUGCUCUCAAACAAUGCUGAAGUUCAGGGGAACAGUUUUCUCAGCUGCAUGUUAAACACCUUCCUCAUUAAGCUGUUUUCCCUUUCAGAGCUGGGAUGACUGAGGCAUUUAAGUGUUAGGGCAAAUUGGUGGUGAAAUCACUCCAUUUAUGAACUGCACAG